UGUCUGUCUGAAACGGGCUGCUGUGGAGGCAGGGAUCCCAGCGCCCGUCGGGGGUGGACAUCCCUGGGAGCCCAGCAGUUUGCCCCCAGGCUGGCUGGCUGGUGGACCCAGCCUACUGCCCUGCCUGGUUCCUAGCCAAAGUUUCAACGGACUCUGCAGAAUGUUCCAGUGCCUGUGUCUGCUGGAGAAUUUUUGAGCAGUUCCACCCUGGGCUCGAGUAGGUCCUAGGAACUGUUGUGGUCACGUAGUCUGACCUGGACAGCACAGGCCAGAGACCUGCUCCACAAUAAUCCCUAGGGCAGAGCUCUUCAAAACCAUCCUUCCGGAUUUAAACAUCGCCAGGGACGGAGAAUCCACCCUGACCCUGGGGAAGUUGUUCCAGUGGUGAAUUACUCUCCCUGCUGAAGAUGCAUGCCUCGUUUCCCCCUUUCCUUCCCAGCUUGUUCCUCCACCCUGCAUCAGCUAGAGCCUUCACUCACUGCCCUCAGCAGCACACGCCAGCCAGGGACCACGGGCAGUGGGGCCUGAGUGGAGGUGCCUGGUGCAAGGCCUAGGCCUGCUUUUCAGAGGAGCUGGGCAGGUGUCUUAAAGUGGCACCUGAAAUCUGAGCUUUCUUGUGAAAACAUCGGCCUAAGUGACUUACCCAAGGUCAUGCAGUGACUCAGUGACAGAGCUGGGAAUGGAACCCAGGAGUCCUGGCGCUGUGCUCUGUCUGCGGCACCGGGCAGUGUGAGCCUCCCAGGUGCAGCCCUAUCUCUGAUAGACUGACGGACUGAAAGACCAACCUCCCUGCCUGCUCGGGGUCUCUUUCCUUAGUGGCGUUUUCAGGGAGCUCAGUGCCUCCAGCCUGGCGCCCCAGCCCCCCUGCGUUCCCCUGCUGUGGCUCAGGGACGGGGAAUGCCCCUCGCAGGAGCAGCACUAGUAGUAAUUAACAGUCCUUGGCACCGACCUGGCCAGCAGCAGCAGGGAGGCAGCGUGGCUGUCGUCGUCGUCCCCCACCCUUGCACGGAGAAGGAAACUGAGGUAACUUGGCCACAUGCCAGAGAGCAGCCUGGCUAGCAGGGCUGGCAUAGCCGCGUGCCCAGCCCUGGAGCCUCUGUUCCCCCUCCUGCGCGAACCUCCCUUUGCCAAACAAGCUGCAGAUUGGACCAAUCACGUCUCCUACCGUCAGUGGACAUGGAGAACAAUUGAUCCCCGUCGUCCGUACCACCAGCCUUUCCCUAGCUGACGGCAGGUUGAAGGGAACAACUGAGAACUCGCCUGAGUCCAGUCUUGUGCACCCACUUUCUAGUCAUUUCACCCAGCCAACAUUCCCCUCGUUCACUAUGAGAUGUCAAAAGCUUCACUAAACCCAAGAUCUACCACGUCUCCUGCCUCCCCCAGCCACGAGGCCUGUGACCCUGGCAAAGAAGGCGCUUAGGUUGCUUUGGCGUGAUUUGUUCUUGGCACACCCAUGCUGACUGGUCCUCAGAACUCAAUAUCCUCUGGGGACUCACAAACUGAUUGGUUAACAAUUUGUUCCAGUCGCGUUCCAGGGUUUUACUCAUGAACUGCAGCUUGAGUCAGAGGCUGUGGAGGUGGCAGGCAGCGCGGCUCAGGCUGGCAGAGGAUGCUCGUGGUGCGAGCGCUCGCUGGGUCCAGGAGGCAGCGCAGAGAGAAGUGAGGCUGGGGGCCGGCAAGCAGAUCUUAACUCCACGUUCUGCCUGUCUGUCCCACCACCGACUCCUCCGAGCAAGGACCCUGCCCAUCCCGCCCUGCGCCAGGAUGAACGAGAUCCCGGACCUGGCGUCCCAGUCCUCCCUGGGGGUGGUCUCUGCCACCUGCGUCUCCAAAGUGGAGCUGCGGGUCAGCUGCAAACACCUGCUCGACCGGGACACGCUCAACAAGUCAGACCCCUGUGCGGUGCUGCUCAUGCAGUCCCAGGGCCAGUGGAUGGAGGUGGACAGGAGCGAGAUCAUCAAGAGCAACCUGCACCCCGUCUUCUCCAAGGUCUUCACGGUGGACUAUUACUUCGAGGAAGUGCAGAAGCUGCGGUUCGAGGUGUACGACAGUCACGGGCACUCCAGCCUCGGGACACACGACGAUGACUUCCUGGGGGGCAUGGAGUGCACCGUGGGCCAGAUCGUGGCCCAGAAGCGGGUGACCAAGCCGCUGUUUCUCAAGUACGGGAAGUACGCCGGCAAGUCCACCAUCACGGUGCUGUCAGAGGAGAUUUCCGGCAACAAUGGCUACGUGGAGCUGGCGUUCCGGGCCAAGAAGCUGGACGACAAGGAUCUCUUCAGCAAGUCGGAUCCUUUCCUGGAGCUCUACCGGAUCAACGACGACGGGAGCGAGCAGCUGGUGUAUCGCACCGAGGUGGUCAAGAACAACCUGAGCCCCGUGUGGGAGCCGUUCAAGGUCUCGCUGAACUCGCUGUGCAGCUGCGAGGAGAAGAGGAAGCUGAGGUGUGUCGUCUGGGACUACGACUCCCGGGGAAAACACGACUUCAUUGGAGAGUUUUACACCACGUUUGAGGAAAUGCAGAAAGCGAGUGGGGAGAACAAGGUGCAGUGGGACUGCAUGAACCCAAAGUACAAAAUCAAGAAACGAAAUUACAAGAACUCAGGCGUGGUCAUCUUACUGGAUCUGAAGCUCCACAGGGUCUACUCCUUCCUGGAUUACAUCAUGGGCGGAUGCCAGAUCCACUUCACGGUGGCUAUUGACUUCACAGCGUCGAACGGAGACCCCCGGAACAGCUGCUCUCUCCACUACAUCAACCCCUACCAGCCCAACGAGUACCUGAAGGCACUGGUGGCAGUGGGAGAGAUUUGCCAGGACUACGACAGCGAUAAGAAAUUCUCCGCCUUAGGGUUUGGUGCGAGGAUCCCACCCAAGUACGAGGUUUCCCAUGAUUUCGCCAUCAACUUCAAUCCGGAUGAUGACGAGUGUGAAGGAAUUCAGGGCGUGGUGGAAUCCUACCAGAACUGCCUGCCGAAAAUCCAGCUCUACGGCCCCACCAACGUGUCCCCCAUCAUCUCCAAGGUGGCCAGGGUGGCGGCGGCGGAGGAGAGAACGAAGGAGGCCUCUCAAUACUACAUCCUGCUGAUCCUGACGGACGGGGUGGUGACCGACAUGGCAGAUACGCGGGAGGCCAUCGUGCGGGCCUCCUACCUCCCCAUGUCCAUCAUCAUCGUAGGGGUGGGCAACGCGGACUUCACCGACAUGCAGAUCCUGGACGGGGACGACGGGGUCCUGCGCUCCCCGAAGGGGGAGCCCGUCCUCCGGGACAUCGUGCAGUUCGUCCCCUUCAGAGAGUUCAAGAACGCCUCGCCCACGGCCCUGGCGAAGUGCGUGCUGGCCGAGGUGCCGAAGCAGGUGGUGGAGUAUUACAGCUACAAGGCCCUGCCGCCCCGGUGUCCCAAAGCCGAUUCGCCCAACUCCACCCUCAACUCGCCCCAGUGAGGGACCACCCCUCCGGCACCCCUGCCCUGCUGUCGUCCCUCAGCCCGGCCCACGAUGGACAAAGAAAUAAAAGGCAAAGGAGAGCAAGAGUGUGUCACUGUCUGAAUCGUACAGGCUCCCCCCAGCAGUGAGUGCGGGGCCCCAGGCAGCCUCCCCCCCACCGCCCACAUGCCACGCUGCACCCCCUGCCUCCCCCGGCCCUCUGAAGGACCCAGCCAGCGAGCUGAGCCAGCAGUGCAAAGGCACAUGAGAAGGGCGGGGCGGGGGGGGGGGGUGCCUUGCUGGUUUCUCACUCGGGCCGGGUCCCUGCUCAGUUUGACAAGGAGCUUCUGGGCAUGAUGCAGUGACCUGGCCUUGGAUGCGGAGAGGUGGGUGUUUACAGUGUGAUGGAAUCAGGCAGGCAAGGGGAGAG